GGCUGGUUUGUGGCUCUGACAGAGAAUAAAGUGAUGUAAAAACACAUUAUUGGGUUUAUUCAUCAGGUAUGAGCAGGAAACGGGCUCUGAUUUCAGACGCUUUCAAUCUGAAGAAGAGAAGAAAUGGCACAGAACAAUUUGGAGCUACUGCUGCUGAAGAUGGACCAGCUGACAUUAAAUCCAGUCUGGAGUACCUCAUGACCCUAUUUCCCAGAAAGCUCUUCAAUGAUGCACUGCCUCAAAUUGUGCUGAAGCACCAGCUCUACAGCAUACACAGUGACAAGACUUUGGUGGACAAGGAGGUGAAUAAGAUGCGUGAACGAGGAGAUCUGCUGAUGUUCCAGCUCGGGUUCGACGCAGAAGCCUUUGGGUUGGUUUUUACUUCUGACUACAAGGCCAAAGUGCUGGUGGGAGAGGAGGGCAAAACCACAAGAGCCACCGUGGAGAGGUUUUUGGAGAAAGUGGUGUCCGCUUGCACAGAUCUGAGCUUCACGAAAGACAAAAUGCUGAAGGAGUUUCUCUUCACAGACUCUGAGAUAACGCAGCUGGUUAAGUCUGGGGUCCUGACUGUGAGGGAUGCAGGCAGCUGGUGGCUUUCCAUUCCCAACUCUGGCAAAUUCACAAAGUACUUCAUAAAAGGCCGUAAAGCAGUGCUCAGCAUGGUUAAGAAGUCCAAAUACGGCGAAGUCUUAAAGGCAGAAAUCGAGGAGCGGCGGACGAAUUCACAAGUGAAAUUCCAUAUGAAAUACCACAUUCAUGACAUUGUUGGCGCAGAGCUGGUAGAGAGCAUACCGACAACUUCAGGGACCCUGUUGCGAUCUGUGGAUUCGUGAGGCUGACGUCAGGCGCUGACGGACGAUGAGAAAUUUAUGAACGGAAUGAAAAGUGUUUAUAAAAAGACUGAAUGGACUAAUUUAAGUAUUCAAGUGCAGAUUCUGUGCCAAAUGUGCUACUAAUGACCUGUGAUGACGAGACGUUGUCAAGUUUUGGUUUAUCUUGUAAUAAGAUUUAUUUAAAUUUCUUGGCAUCACAUAUGAGAUUCCUUGUCUACAUGGAGUUCACAACCUAAUGGCAAUCAUUGCCUCUGUGCUGAGUGUUUUCAGGAAACAAAAUGCUUUGUUACAAAUAAAUGAGAUUUCCCAACAUCCUGUUUGAAACUUGAAGGUCAGUUUUCCAAAAUCAAAUAAUGUCCCGCCUGUCAAAGCUUGAAACUGUGUCACCUUUAAGUAAAACGGAUUACAUCAUU